AUGGACGUAUCACAAGAGCAUGCUGAGGUUGAGGCAAGGAACCUUUUACCAGGAGGACAUGCCUCAUUCGCCUCCCCGGAUGCUCCGCUCCGCUCCGUGGAGCCGUCUGGCUUGCAAAUCGGUGCACGGAUGUGUCACGAAGUGGAUGAUCAGGGGCAGAGCCUCUCGGUGAAAACGAUCCAGGUUUCAUCAAAUGCGACAAGCCGUGACCCGACGAGCUGGUUGUGGAAAGAGGUGCUGGAGUAUUCUAGGAAACCGCACGUGAAUUCUGGACGCAAGUUGCAGGAAUUGAUCACAAACCAGCGGCUGACAGGACGGCUUCUAAUCCAGUGCGACAAGAAAAGCUUGCGAAUGCUUGCCGGCGGAGACAGAGAAAUUUAUGCAGACAUCAAGCUACUCUCGCAUAGACUGAAGCAGGAAGCUAAACACACGAGUUCAAUACAGCCGCGAUCCCCAAUCCUCCAAGAUCUUUUCUCCGAGUGACUUUAUGAUUGAAUUGUUCGUCAACAGAUACGAUGUCUCGCUCAUCUACGUUGCGUUAUACAGUAUUCACCAUUGCUGGUGCCCACUAACAGCUUCGUGGCCUUUCGAAU